AUGCACGAAGAGCCUGCAGCUGGAGACUCUCUAGUGGUAGUCUCUCAGUCAUGGUCUCAUCAAAUGCAUCCUGAUCCCACUGGGGUGAAGGCUCUGGAGAUCAUCGCGGCUGUGAAAAACGUGGCUGUAAAGCUCCGCGCAGAAGGCCGGCUCCUGGUCUUCUGUGACUUUCUGAGCAUGCCACAGCCCCCAAUGACUCCAGAGCAAGAGCCAUGGACCAAGGAAGAUUCGCUUGCAGUGCAGCAGGUGAUGGAAGCCCUUCCUCAGCUAAUGUUCAAAGCGGAUGCGGUGAUUCAUAUCAUUGGAACACCUGGGAAGCUGAUGAUGGGCGAAGGGGUUUGGGAGGAGUUCUUGCAGUUCGACAGCGACUUCGAGAAGCUCAAGAGCAACUGGCCCCGAAGGCCUCGAACCUUUGAUCAGGUGGUGAAGAUUGACAACCGCCGAGUGAAGUCGCUUGAUGACCUGCCAGAUGAGUGGGAAGCUGUUGGCCGUCAGUGCUCUGCGUGCGCCCGCUGGGCUCAACUCUUGUCCCGAGGGGAUGCUGAAGACCGAGUGGUCGAGAUGAUCCGACUGCCCUUCGGCUAUCGGAUUGAGGCCGAACCUACACAACAGGGUCGGACCUAUUUCGAUCGGUUCAUCAGUAUCGUCAAAGUGGCCCUGAUGGAGGAGAACGCUGCUCACGAGGCCAGCUGCGCCAGCCAGCCUGAUACGCGUGCCGCGCAAAUGGGUGCCGAUGAGCUGGCUCAUGAACUGUGUUUGGGCUGCAAGAAAAGCUUUAUUCCAGUGGCAUAUGAAUUGGGCGACGAUGGCCGUGUACCAGGUUAUGACUUCGAAAACCGACAGCGGGAGAUGGAACAGCGGCUAGAUGAUUGCCGGCGCUUACUGCAGGACAAGGCCGAUCCAAACAUCGUGGACGGCAAGGGCAAGACAUGCUUGCACCAUGUGGCACAGGCACGAAAUCUGGACGCGACCAAGUUGCUUCUGGAGUUCGGGGCAUCCUUAAGUGCUCGUGAUCAUCGUGGGUGCACUCCAGGGCAUGCCAUACCGCUUUUUGCUGAUGGUGUUACAGAGAAGUUCCUAGAAGAAUUUGUGCGACAAGAUCAGAAUGCGCUUUUCGAAACUGACAAGGCUGGCGUAUCGGCCAUCGAGAGAGCCUUGCUUUGGGCUCAAAGCGCUGUCUCCGGUGAACCAUUUGAGCCACUGCACAGUAAGCUCAAGGCCUGUCAGAUGAGCUUGCAGUUUACAAAUCGCACAUGGUGGCCUGGGAUGGAGGAUCUCGGCAUCAGAGGAUUGAACAUGAGCUUCCCGGAGGCAUCGCCUACCGCCGCGCUUGGCAGAGUGGAAACCAGGAGAUUGCAUUUCAACGGAGUGCCGCGGACCAUUUACGUGAUGCAUCCUGCCAACACCAUCGGGACUGGAGACCCCUUGCUAUAUUUAGGCUUUUGCCGCCUGAUGCCGUGGCCAUUGCAAGAGCCAGCACUGCGCAUCAUUGCAAAUAAACUGAGUCGCAGGAUCUUUUGUAUCGCCUCUGAGGCUGUGAAUACCGAGCUGCUCCAUUCAGACGAAAUUGACACAGAUGGCCAGGCCUUCUAUACCGACUUGUACACACUCAUAGACACGCUACCCCUCCCAUACCGGUUGGUUUUGAUCGAUAGCACCUUCGGCGUGGGAGUCCCACUGUUGUGGAAAUUGCAAGAGCGGCUCAAGCAUGUGCUGAUUAUCAACCCAAGCUGGAUUUUCAGGACAAAGACGCGGUCGACAGUGACGAGAGUCCAAAAACUUGCAUAUGCAUUCGGGCAGGUGUGA